AUGCGAUUCCUUGUCAUCGGAGGCAGUGGCCGCACAGGAAAGCUUGUGAUCAAUGAGCUACUCGAGAAAGGCCAUGAAGUUACUGCGCUGGUUCGAAACCCUGCCUCUUUGGAGAAAAGAUCCGGCUUGGAUAUCGUUCAAGGCACACCCCUCGAUAUUUCCGAUGUUAGAAAAGUCUUUACUAGCAACACCCUGGAUGCUGUACUCGUUACUCUCAGUGCCCUCCGAGAAACCGAUAGCCCAUUCGCAAAGCCCAUCUCCCCUUCCCGCAUGAUGGCAGACAGCAAUGCGAACAUGGUGAAAGUGAUGAAAGAGUUUGGAGUCUCCAAAAUUGUCGUCUUACAAUCAUUUGGUACUGGAAACUCUUGGGCUAAUAUGCCAUGUACCCUACGCCUCCUUAUGAGCAAGUCUAACAUGAUCUACUCAUAUGACGACCAUAACGCUGCAGAGAAAGAGGUGCGGGAUAGUGGUGUUACAUUUGUAUUUGUUCGUCCAUCGAGACUUGUUGAGAGGGAUGUAACAAAAGUCAAAGAGUGGCCUAAUGAUGGCAAGGGGGUUGGCCUGAUGGGCUCUGCUAGUCGCAUCAGUGUCGCUCGGUUUUUGGUGGAUACCGCGUUGGAUACGAAGUGGGAUGACACUGCUCCUGUAAUCACCAAUUGA